UGAUGUCGGUGGAUGAGGAGAGCACAUCCUGCUACUGUCUGCUGGAGACUCAGAGGUGCCACAUGCUGCUGGAGCACCCGGGGCGCUACGCCCUGGUGGGGGAGCCGCUGAACCAGGAGGCGGCCAAGAGGCUGAGGCUGGCUGUGUUUGGAAGUCCAGACAGCAACAACUCUCUGGGCUUCACCCUCAGGGUCUACUGUGUGGACGACACCCCCCACGUAUUUCAGGAGGUGGCGGCGGGCGAGCGCAGUAGGGGGGGGCGGCUGCUGGAAGAGCCUAAAAUGAUGCUGUUCAGGGGGAACACGUUCAGCCUGCAGGUAUCCAUCCAGGACGUCCCACAGCUACUCUGGAGCAUCAAGCCUUUCACCACCUGCCAGGAGUUCUCCUUUUCUCAGGUGUGGGCCAGUAGCCAGCGUCCCCUGCAGUGUGCCUUCUCUCUGGAACGAUACAGCCACUCGUCGUCUCAGCUCUCCUGCAAGAUCAGCGUCCGCCAGGUGAAAGGCGAAGAGCAGAUCCUGCAGGUGUACACGUCUGUGGUGGAGAAUGAAAAGGGAGUGGUUCCCUUUUUCACUCAGUCAGACUGUACCAUCACCUCUCAGACAGGGUCAAGGGCUUUUAAAAUCCCUCUGUCCAUCCGUCAGCGGAUCAGCGCUACCUUUGACACUGCUAAUGCCAAGGGGAAGGACUGGCAGCUCCUGGCUCAAAAGCUCCACAUAGACAGGAACCUGUGCUACUUUGCAUGUCAGGAGAGCCCCUCCUCAGUGAUUCUGAGUCUGUGGGAAGCCCAGCACCAGGACUCGGGGGACCUGGACUCUCUGGCCAGCGCCCUUGAAGAAAUCGGCAAGGUCCAGUCCCCCAGGACCGCCAUUCACGGCUGCAGCAGAGAAGAACGGGACUCUGAAUUCACUCCACUUGGGUAGGGCGGGUCUACAGCAGCAGAUCAGAAUAAUUACGAACCUUUACUGCAUGAACACUGGUGAUCAGGUGUACUAGCUAACCUGUGGUGAGGAAGAGGAGCAGGAGCGCAAAGAGGACAGCAGGGAAACUCAGUUUGGACUGUUACUAAAGGAACACCUCUGCUAAAUCAAAUAGCACAUACAGACAGAUGGGAAUGAAGAACGAAGGGAAGACAAAGAAGGAAAUGAGUGGGGAAGUAUUUGAGUUAUUGAGAGGCACUUACAAAACAUUUUAGACCGAGAUCUCACCACCAUCUUUGAUUGAGAAAUGUCUCCUGACAGGUUUGAUAUCUGUAUUUAAGGAUGAUGGUGAUUGAAGAGGAUUCUCUGUGUAGGUUGGAGUGUGUUUUAACCAGACUGAUGUUGUGACUUUACCCGGAUCAGAUGUGCUGGCUCUCACCCUCAAACAGUCCUCUGGGCUGUCAAAAUGUUUAGUGUAAUGUCAUUUUGUUGUCAUUCAUUUAACAUAUCUCCUAAUGCUUCUUUUCCUUUUUCUACAAAGUAUCUGUAAAAAGAAUGCUGGAGUUAGAGGAGGAAACUGAAAGUCAUGGAUACCAGAUAUAUUUAUUUCGUCAGAAUUUAGGUCAAAGAUACUGACUACGAUUAGCAUUUAAAAUGUUCUGAUGAUGUCCACAUGCUGAAAAACAAUGUAAGGCUGUAUAAGAAGAGAACUAUUAUUUUUAAAGACGCCCACACGUAGAACAUUUUCAAGUACACUUGCAUAACACAAUGUCAAAGCUAAGGCUGCAGAAGAGGAUCAUUGAUCCCAAUGUAUAAUGCAAUGCAGCCAGAGGUGCACCACAUCCCAUAAUGUCUACUGAUCAGCUUUUGGUUCUUUUGUUGGAAAAUGAAUGUCUCUCUGUGUAAUAGGGGACUUUAUACCAGUCAAACAUUGUGAACAUUACAUAUGCUGCUACGUGUUGAUGCUGGUUAAGUGGUGUGUACUUUCAAGACCCUCUGGGACUUUUUUUUUUUUUUUUAUCUACAUUUUGACUUUUAAUGUGUGGCUUGAUUUGAGCUGCCGUUUUUUGGAUUAUCCGAAAAUACCUGGAGAUCAUUAUUUGGAGACACGCCGCCGACUCUCACUCCCACUCCCUUCUCUCCUCUUCCCCAGGCAGAGUUGCUCCACCUGCCCCAAAAACAUGAUAAAGUGACUUUGUGUUGAA